GCCAUGGGGCUCGUGCCGCUGCUGCUGCUCGGCCUCGCGCUCCGGAUGUGCCUCGCGCUCACGGAUGACCGCCUCGUGUCGGACCGGUACGCCGUUUACUGGAACAGCUCCAACCCCAGGUUCCACAGAGGAGAGUACACGGUGGAGGUGACCAUCAACGACUACCUGGACAUCUACUGCCCGCACUACGAGAGUACCCCGACCGGAGGGAGUACUCUGGAGAAGUACAUCCUGUUCAUGGUGAACUACGACGGCUACACCACCUGCGACCACCGACGCCGAGGCUUCAAACGCUGGGAGUGUAACCGGCCCCUGGCCCCCAACGGGCCCCUCAAGUUCUCCGAGAAGUUCCAGCUCUUCACCCCCUUCAGCCUGGGCUUCGAGUUCAGACCCGGACACGAGUACUACUACAUCUCGUCUCCACACCUGAACCAGGCCGGAAAACCCUGCCUCAAACUCAAGGUCUACGUCAAACCUACAAAUGACUCCAUUUACGAGUCGCCGGAGCCCUUCCUCACGGACGACACCACGGGGGGCGGAGCUGCGCCGGAGCCCCGCCUCCUCCUGCUCGCCGCCGUCUUGGUCCUGCUCGGCCUCCUGUUCGGCUCGUCAUAGCACCGCCCCCUACGUCAGCCUCGGCCAAUCACGAGAGACCUGCACCAGCCGCAGCCAAUCACGGGAGAGCUGAGCAGGAGAAGGGGGGGGGGCGGAGUCAGCGGACAAUGGGCGGAGCUUAAACCCCCCACGGGAAAAUGAAGACUCCAGUUCAUCUCAUUAAUGCAGUUAAACCAGGACUAAAACAGGACUAAACCAGAACUAAACCAGACUUAAACUAGGACUAAACCUGGUCUAAACAUGGACUAGGACUUUGAAAACUAGCGCCAAGUCUAAAAUCAGCAAAAUGAAACCGAACCACUAAUCCGGAGCUCAACCAUGAAACCUAAACUGAAACUAAAAUGAAAGAA